CACGGUUAAGACCCUCCCUCCCCAUCUGUUUAUAUUCCAUCGAACAUAUUUCAAACGUAUUCAUGUCUGAAAACAGGAGACCGAUAGGAUGAUGAUCGGAGAAGGAAAUCAACAGAAUCCGACCGUCCAUGUCCCUCCCUGGACCCUCUUCGAUGAUACUUCACCCGGAAUGAAAUUCCCUCUCCCUGUUAGCGGCAUCUCCAUGAACGCCAACAGCAAUGGCAUCGCGGCCGGAGACUACUGUCCCUUCCUGUUGGGGGAGUCGUUGGCUGCUCUGCAAUGUUAUCUUCCUUCAAACGAUGUAGAUGCCGACUCCGACUUAUCGGGCCGUGAGUCCGAUAUGCCGAUCAACGUACACACCUGUGAUGAGUUUCGAAUGUACGAGUUCAAGGUGCGCCGCUGCGCUCGCGGCCGUUCUCACGACUGGACAGAGUGUCCCUUCGCUCAUCCCGGCGAGAAAGCUCGACGCCGUGACCCACGUAAGUUCCACUACUCCGGCACUGCAUGCCCCGACUUCCGCAAGGGUAACUGCAAGAGGGGUGACGCGUGCGAGUUCGCACACGGAGUAUUUGAAUGUUGGCUCCAUCCGGCGCGAUAUCGUACGCAGCCCUGUAAGGAUGGUACUAGUUGCCGCCGUCGCGUCUGUUUUUUCGCUCACACCCCGGAGCAGUUACGAGUGCUACCCCAGCAAAGUCCGAGAACGCCAGUGUCGCCUGAGUCUUAUGACGGAUCACCGCUUCGUCAGGCUCUCGAUUCUUACUUUCAGAAGAAUACGGUGAUUUCGUCCCCUACAUCGACCCUGAUGUCUCCUCCGAUGUCCCCGCCAUCCGACUCGCCACCCAUGUCGCCGAACAGCCCAUCACUCAGCCGGCUUUUGGGUUCCAACUCCAUCAACGAUGUGGUCACGUCCAUGCGUCAGUUGCAGCUUAGUAAGGUGAAAUCUGUACCCACGUCGUGGAGUGUGCAGGUUGGUUCUGGGUUUGUAUCGCCGAGGGGCUCGACCCUUCGCCCGGGGUUCUUUAGCUUGCCAUCGACUCCCACUCGGACCCCGACUCGAUGUGGAUUGGGGUACCUUGAUACCUGGGAUGGGGGUUCCACUGUUGAGGAGGAGCCAGCCAUGGAGAGGGUGGAGUCUGGUAGGGAUUUGCGAGCGAAGAUUUACGAGAAACUGAGCAAAGAAAACUCUUUGGACCCAGUCGAUUCGCCCUCUCCGACUCCGGAUGUUGGGUGGGUGUCGGAACUGGUGAAGUGAGUGGGGUUGGUGAUAGGGUCCUCCGUCUUUCCACUUUCUGGUUUUUUGAUUAAAUAUUUUGCUUUCAAAACCGCCGCUUCUGGGUUCGUUCGGUUGCCCUAAUUUUUCAGAUUGUGAAUAGUAAGGUGAAAGAUGAAUUGCAGCAGGUUCAGCACGAGUAACUGAAGAUUUUUGUAUAUAUGUAGACGGUGGUGGAUUCAGAUGAAGCUGGGUCCUCUAGUUUUUCUGAGAAGAGAAGCUCAGGCGAAAAUGAAAAUAUGCCAAGUUGUAUAGACAAGAAGUAAUUGUUGGGUCUGCCGGAGAUGGGUAGCAGAUUGUCAUAUCUUCUAUAUUUUUAAUCCUUCUGUGUAUUUUGCUUAGUUACUACGAUCAAUCCUGAUUUUAUGAUAUCUGUAAUCUGAUCUGAAAUUAUGUUCUUAUGUCUUGAGCCAUUAAUGUAAUAUAUUUAUUUUGCCAAUCUCUGUACAAAUGCUGUCGAUUGCAGCAGAUUUUCUUGCA